UCUGUCACUGAGAUCUGUUCUAUUUUAGCUACUCUCACUCACUAUCAUUGAACAACUUCAGUUACAUUUAACUUUAGAUUUUAUUCACCUUCAAGAUUCUCAAUACACAAGCAAUCAGAUAGUUACUUCAAAUGAGUGCUCCAUAUGGUUCAUGGAAGUCACCUAUAACUGCCAAUAUUGUCUCAGGUUCAGAUAAGCGUCUUGAAGGCUUUACUAUAGACUCGCAUGGACAAUUAAUGUGGUUGGAGACUAGACCUGAUGAGUCUGGACGAGCUGUUCUUGUUAAAGAAGCUGCAAGAAAAGGCGAAGCACCUAAAGAUGUUACACCAAGAGAGUUUAAUGUUAGGACAACUGUUCAUGAAUAUGGUGGUGGGUCUUUUCGGGUGUCUGGAGAUGUGGUUGUUUUCUCUAAUUUUGAUGACCAGAGAUUGUACAAACAGAUUCUUGGUUCUGCAGAUUCAGGUCCAGUGCCGAUAACUCCAGAUUAUGGGGGACCUGUUGUAAGGUAUGCUGAUGGGGUCUUUGAUGGUCGUUUAAACCGUUACAUUGCUGUAAGAGAAGAUCAUCGCGGCGUUGAUGCCCAGCCAACUAAUGAGAUUGUGAGUGUUCCCCUUAAUGAUAACACCCCUGAAGAACCAAAAGUGUUGAUUAGUGGGAAUGACUUCUAUGCAUUCCCGCGGUUGGACCUAAAAGGGGAACGUUUGGCCUGGAUAGAAUGGAGUCACCCUAACAGGCAUUGGGAUAAAGCAGAGCAUUGGGUCGGGUAUAUAUCUGAGAACGGAGUCAUUGACAAGCGAGUAGUAGUUGCUGGUGGCUGUCCUCCUCUCGUGGAAUCGCCAACUGAGCCUCUAUGGUCGUCCAAAGGGGAAUUAUUUUUCAUAACAGAUAGAAACACAGGGUUUUGGAACAUAUACAAAUGGAAUGAAGAUAAAAAUGAGGUCCUUGCAAUUUACUCUAUGAAUGCUGAGUUCACAAGACCAUUUUGGGUUUUUGGAAAUCAUUGUUAUGACAUUGUUGAGGGAAAAGAGGAAUCAACCGUUUUUGCUUGCAGCUACAGGCAACAUGGAAAGUCAUAUCUUGGUGUUAUAAAUCAAGCUAAGAACUCUUUCUGUUCAGUUGAUACUCCAUUCACUCUCAUUUCAAAUAUUCUUGCAAGUGGCCAGAUCCUUUACAUUGAGGGUGCAUCUUCUGUUCUUCCUACUUCUUUAGCAAAGGUCAUACUAGAUGAUCAUAUGUCAAAGGUUGUAGAUUUCAGUAUCAUGUGGUCAUCUUCUUCAGACAGUGACAAGUACAUAUCAUAUUUUAGCCAGCCAGAGCUUAUUGAAUUUCCAACAGAUGUGGCUGGUCAAAAUGCCUAUGCAUACUUCUAUCCUCCAUGUAAUCCAGAUUAUAAGGGUAGUCAAGAAGAAAAACCUCCACUGUUGCUUGAAAGCCAUGGAGGGCCAACAGAUGAGGCGCGUGGAACCUUAAAUCUUUGCAUCCAAUAUUGGACUAGUCGAGGAUGGGCAUUUGUGGAUGUUAACUAUGGAGGAAGUACGGGUUAUGGCAGGGCAUACCGUGAACGCCUUUUGGGGAAGUGGAGAAUUGUUGACGUCAAUGAUUGUUGCUCUUGUGCUAAAUAUUUGGUGGAUGAGGCGAAGGUUGAUGGAAAGCGCCUUUGCAUAACUCGGUGUUCUGCUGGUGGUUACACAACAUUAGCUUCUCUUUGUUUCAGAGAUACAUUCAGAGCUGGCGCUUCUUUAUUUGGAAUUGCCGAUUUGAAGUCACUGAGUGAUCAGAUGCACAAAUUUGAAUCCCAGUAUAUCAUUAAUCUCGCUGGUGACGAAAUUGCUUUAAAGGAGCGGUCUCCUAUCAACUUUGUUGAUCGAUUCUCUUGCCCCAUAAUAUUGUUCCAAGGAUUAGAAGACACGGUUGUCCAGCCAGAACAGGCCCGAAAAAUCUACCAGGCCUUGAAGAAAAAGGGGUUACCUGUGGCUCUCGUGGAAUAUGAAGGAGAAUCACAUGGAUUUCGGAAGGCGGAAAGCAUAAAAUUCACUCUUGAGCAACAAAUGGUGUUCUUUGCUCGAACAGUUGGACAUUUUUCAGUGGCUGAUGAGAUAGCUCCCAUACCCAUUGACAACUUUGAUCAAGUACGAACAGUAUCCUGACUGCCCUUGCGGGGUGAGAGUAGAGAACUCCAAGCGGUUUAUCUGUAGUUUUCUUAGAAAGCCGCAUUGCUGAUCAAUAAUUUGACGGACUUAGAACUGCAACUGAAAAGAGAGCAUUUGAAGUUCUGUACAGCUGGCCUUGGAGAAUCUUGUUUGGCAAGGUUGGUUAUAUGAUAGGGAU